CAACUUAUGCGUGAACUCCAUCUACUAGUUUUCCGCUUGCAGCUGCUCAAGCUGCAGCAAGAAAAGUUAUCAAUCUUUUUUCACCAGCGAUUACAUCCACAUCUCAAAAUCAAAACCACAGGGAAGAAAAAUGGGCCUGUCCCACUGUAAAAUCAGCAACACGUGAGUGAAUCUUUCGUGUUUAGUUUAUCUUCGGACUUUAGAAUCCUCUGUUAUUGCAAGUACUAAGGUGUAGAGUAGCAACACGAAAGUUUGAUAAAGCAGCUAGGAGCAGUCUUUGAUUCUUUCUUGUCGUUUUGAAAGUUAGUGCAGACGGGUUAGAGGACUUUCAUCUCCGAGUUACUAGUUGCAGUUUUGGAAUUCUUUUCUCUUCAUCCUAGUACUUCGAUAGUUUUGGGAUUGAACGAACAACUAUCGAAUUGUUCAAGAAUAUUCCUCUUGUUGAUUUCUUUCAAGUACUCAUUUUCACCAUCAUCUUCUAUUCCACCUAUUGUUCAUACUUCUUGUAUUUCGGGUUCUGCUAGUUCUACAGCUUUCUUUCUGAUAAUGAUCUCAUUCUCAAUCUCAUAUUCUCACUAGGUUUGGUAUACGACUAGUAGUGUUCAUUUCAGAAGCUGCAGCAGGAGUUGUAAGUACAAAUAUCGACUAGGACUACAAGGAGGAGAACAAGAAUAUUUCUAUUUUCGUCUGUCGGUUCAACUAGAAGAGCAACAGAAUGUUGAAGCCGGACGUAAAGACCACGCAGCCGGCGGGUCUCCGCGAUGCUGUGGAGGCUUACAGCGUUAAGCAUUUCGGCGACGCUGCCAAGGCGCAAGUGCAUGAACUAGCAACGGACUUGCAAAAGCGUCGUGAGCGCGUGCGCGAUAUUCGUACCUCCGAUGCACACCUGGAGUCUUCGCGCACUGGCCUCUCUCAGUAUGUCGCGCUCGUGCAGUUGGUGGAGAGACGCUUCCCGAUUGCACAACCCGGAACCAAGGGCCUCAAUGUUGAUCUUGUUUGGUUCGACACUUUUCGGCCAAAGGUGAAGACGGCGCGGGCGACUUUUGCGUGCGAAAAAGCUGCUUGUAUCUACAAUAUGGCUGCAUUGGAAGGCUCUGCGGCUGUGUCGACCAACCGCAGCACCGAGGAGGGAUCCAGGAUGGCUACACAGCUGUUCUGUCGCGCUGCAGGAAUCUUUUCGUAUUUGCGUGACUUCAUGGCAGACGAGAUUCAAGUCGAAGCGACCGCCGAUCUAUCGCAACCAGCGCUGAACAUGUGGGCGUGUACGAUGAUUGCACAGGCAAACACCUGUGUCUACGAAAAAGGCGUCAAGGAGAAAAAAUUUAUGGCCAAGGAACCGCAACCGCAUUACAACUAAUCAAUACCUGAUACUACCUCUGGUGUCCUAAAUAUCAUACACCUACCAAAAAGAAACCUAAGUAUUCUUAAGAUUCAGCCGUGCAGCUAUUGUUAUUGUUGAUGUUAUCCUGUAUGUCCUCUAGAACUACUGGCACUGGUGGAUAGCACAAUUAUGAUCACUGUCAUUUUUCUUCCUCCUUGUUCAUUCUUUUGCGUUCGCUGUUGGCCAGAUUGGCGAUGCGCGUGGCCAUGGAUUAUCAGUUGUGUUUGACGUCCGCUCGGAAGCUUUCCGGAGCGAUUGGACCAGAAUUUGCCGAGAUUUUCGCAGCACAAGAGCGCACGUUCCUAGCGGCGGCUACUUUCCAAAAGGCAAUGUCAGAGCGGGAGGCGAGCGAGAGCACGAUGAAAGGCUGGGGCGAGACCUUAGCGCGUUUUCGCUGCGCCUUGGGAUUGGUGGAGGAGACCGCGCAGAGACACGCAAAGUACGCAGACAUUGCGUCGCUGCGCCAAACGGUGCAAGUGGAAUUCCAGAAAGUGAAGCAUGACUGCGAUAACAUCUACUUUCCGAGGGACGAGCCAUCGGUUACGCAACUCUCACCGAUUGUGCCGAUCGACGUGAGUAAGCCUACGAUUGUGCGAUUAGAGGACUUGAUUGGUUCGCACUCGACUUCACCGCCAGGGUCCGGUGUCGAGCAACCAGGCAGUGGAAGCGGGGAUCAGCCGCCAAGCGCAUCCGCUCUUGUCGCCGCCAAAUAUCGCAGUGUGCUCAACGGAUUGCUUCCUCGCGAGGUGUCCUCCGCGCUGCAGGACUACAGCAUGCGGCAGGAGUCUGUGCUGUUUGCAUUGGACGACGAUGUGAAGCAGUUACGGGCAGAAGUCGAGGGCCGACUGGCCGAAAAGAGCUUACCGAUCGCAGUGAUGGAGACGGGGAACGACGUGGACGACCGCAGCAUGCCGGAAGAGCUGUGGAACAAGGUUUUGGACGUCAACAGCAAAGGCGGCGUGGAUGCAGUCACGAACAGCAUGGAAGCUCUGGGCCAGUACGACAACAUUUGCGAUGCUUUGCUCGAGGAGAGUCUGCAGAAGUUGGACGAAGAGCGAGCUGAAGACGCGGAGUGCUUCAACAAGUACGGUCCAGAGAAGUGGAAGCGAGAGAGCAGCAACAAAUUGCAAGAGGGCUUUCGCCAAAACCUGCAAUCUUACCAGCAGAAAUUGGCUGAAGCGCGAUCUGCGAACGAGCUUCUGCGAAGCAGAUUCACUGCCCUAAAAGCGAACGCCAACACCGCUCUGAUCGGACCCUCGCGUUCGCGCCAGGAAAUCGAGAAUGGUCUUCCCAGCGACAGACCCACCAGCGCCAACGGUGCCCAGGAUAACAAAUUUGGUGCCGUGAAGCAGGCGCUGCAGGCACUCGAAGCUCAGCAGCAGGCCUUGGCUGCCAAGGUGGAGGAAGCAAAACAAACGAUUAAGCUUGAGGCGGGUCCGCUGGAAGAGGAGUUGCUAAAUUGCGGACGUGACGGCCUGGCGAACGAUUCAAUCAUGAGCAGCUUCGGGAAAAAGAACCUCGUCGCUCAGUGCAGACAGAUUGUGGAGCAUCGAGUGGAGCAACACCAGCUUGCGCGGGAUAACCGUGAGCUCGUCGAGUUGAGAGCGACAGUACGCAAAGAGUGCAAUCAGGUCCUGGAGUUGUAUGUAGCGACGCUAGAGGCCACCAAGUCGGCGCAGGCGGUUUCGGAACGCGCAAAAGCCUUGUCGGUGCUCGAGACCACAGCCUCCAUCAUCGUGACCAUGAUUAAGGACGUUGCCGACGGCAUCAACUUCUACACGCGACUGGGAGACUUCCUAAGGCAGAGCAAACAACAGAUUAGUGAUUACUGCUUCGCGCGACAGGAAGAGAAAACGCAAAUUAUUGAGAACUUGCCGCCGGAACCAAAGCCCGCGUCUAGCGGACGGCCCAGCGGCGAACAACCUGGAUCUGGUGGAGUGGGCUUUGGCGGACAACCGCAACAAGCACCAGGAUCAGGAAAAGGAGCACCCGCGUCCGGUAAGACAUUUCGCCCGAGUCGUCUUCAUACCACUUUUAUCUUGCAUGCUUUUAGGAGUAUUUUUGUUUGCGUUUCUUGAGUGGUCAUGAGUAUCAUGCUUUCAGCCAAGAGCGUUGUAAGCUGUGAUGGGGAAACUCGAGUCUGAUGUGUUGACUUCUUCUUAUUCGUACCCAAAGCCAAAAGGAAGUAAACAUGUGUACUCUUUCCAAAAAUAGGUCCACGGUGUUUCAAAGUCUCUUCUUCAGGUGCACCAGUUCGUAUGCCCUCCUGCGAGCUGCAAAAGGGAGGAGGCAAUGCUGGUCGCGGAAUGGCGGCCUUGUUUGGUGACGGAGGAAAAAUGCCUUCUCCACAACAGGUGCCGCAGCCUGUUCCAGCUUCAAUGAUGCCGCCGCAGAAUCAAAUGCCGCCUCCGCAAGGUACUGGUUACAGCAGCGGAGGCAACGGGCAGCAGCAGGUGUUGAAUAUGCAAGGAGGACAGAUGAUACCACAGCAAGCUGGUGAUCAAAACGCGAUGCUGCAGCAACAAAUGAAGGGAUCUGAUGGCAUGAGUCCGAACUUUCAACAGCCCCAGCAGAACCAGCAGAUGCCAUCAGCAUCAGGACAAAAGGGCGGUCAACAGCAGCCUGCAGGUAAUAUGAUGGUCGGAAAACAGGGUCAACAACAGGCGCAGCAAAUGGCGGGUCAGCAGCAGCCGAUGAUGGGUCAGCCGCAGCCGAUGAUGGGCAAGCAGCAGCCAGUACAGAUGACAUCGCAACAAUAUCAGCAAGGUGGCGGAGGUCCUGGAUUCCAGCAGCAGCAUCAACAGGCCUUUCAGCACCAGCACCAGAAAGGUUCGCAGUCGCCGACAAAUCCGCAUAUGGGCAUGGGCGGGAAAAAUAUGAUGCCGCCGUUCAGCCAAGGAACCCCACAACAGCCUGGUUUUGCGACACCCGGAGGUGCUGCUCAAGAACAAGUCACACCAAGCCAGCAACGAGGGCCCAGUACUACAAUGUCGCCGAUGGGACAGAAUGUGGGCAUGUCGCCUGCACCACAACAACAGGUGGGGCAGUAUCAGCAGCAACCGCCUCAGCAAUUCAAUCAACAACCAGGGCACAACCCUCAGUUUGCAGGAGCAACAGGAGGAGCACAACAGGCCCAGGAGUAUGGUUACAAUUCGCAGCAACCGAUGAUGCAGCAACAGCAGCCCAUGAUGGCUAACAAUAUGGCACAACAACAUCCCCAAAUGAUGGGACAGCAGCCUCAGAUGAUGGGACAGCAGCCCCAGAUGAUGGGCCAACAACCACAAAUGAUGGGGCAACAGCCACAGAUGAUGGGGCAACAGCCACAGAUGAUGGGACAUCAGCCGCCGAUGAUGGGGCAGCAGCCGCAGAUGAUGGGACAUCAGCCGCAGAUGAUGGGACAGCAGCCGCAGAUGAUGGGACAGCAGCCGCAGAUGAUGGGGCAACAGCCGAUGACGCAGCAGCAGCCGCAAAUGAUGGGUCAACAGCCCAUGGGCCAGCAAUACAACGCACAGCAAAUGGGUGGAGUACCCAUGAAUCAACAGCAGCAAUUCAAUAUGCCCACGCCUGCCCAGUUCCAACAAAUGGGAUACCGAUAGCGAAGACGCUCAGUAUGUAUCUAUUCAAGCAUUUCUCAUCAUGCGUGUGUACAUUCAUGCCUCAUAUUUCGUUUGCUUUUUCAUCUGUGAAUAUCAACACAAACAAUUGCUACACUAGUAGACUAAUUUUCUAAUCACAUCCAUGACAUCAUAACUUGUAGUUUACGAUAAAGAAAAGGGAGAGAAAUUAUCACUGUCACCAAGAGAAGCGCUUUAGUUUUUGGGUAAGUUCUUUGUUGACGUGAACCCGGAUUUAUUACUUGUUGUCUUUUAUGAAACACUGAUAGUAAAACGGUCAACGUCAACCAGUACCUUUGUAAGGGUAUGAAAUGAAGCAAGUUGUCCUAAGGCACGAGGAAGUGAAACAUGUUAUCUGAGGACGAAAACGUCGAGAAGGGAACGUCAAUGACGACGGAGACAUAAUACUUAGGAUAAAUCUUGUCUUAACAUAGAUUUAUUAAUAUUAAUUUACCAAUAUUCUGUUUCUGGGCGGCUGUCCUCCUUCUUUCACAUUUCGCUGUCACGAUACUAGAGUCAUCAAGUUGCGACUUCCAGGAAGAACAAUGACUAUGACAAUGAUCUCUGCUUGUAAUACUCAGAUCCGUGUGUAGUAUCAGUAUGCAAUGUCAAACACUCACCUUUAGAGAACAAGCAGCAACGGCGUGACCGGUCGUAAAUGAGGUGUAGUGAUAUUUUUGUGACGCAGAGCGAACCCGUUGAAGAAGGCUAAGAAACCCCUCACCUCCCUCGGACCUCAUCCCAAGAACACGACAUACAUUUUUACUGAGUUGUAGUACCAACAUAACAAGACCAGUGGCAGGCACUCCCAUCUACUACCACCUACUAC